CGCAUACACCGAGCCCUCAAUGCUUGAAGUUCGUGUUAAAAGUCAGUUGUGUGAAAUUAUUCGGGAAUGACUCUUAUGAAUUGUUAAACAGACUGCAGCUUCGAAACAUAAAGAUAGUGUUACAUUUUACCGGACGUGUAUGACGUGCCUUCAAACGUAAAAGCCUCUUCAAAGGGUCGCCAGGUAUCUCGGUCUUAGGUGCGGUAACAUUCAUAACAGUCAAAGAUGGCAGCAUCAAAAAGUGUUGUUAAAAGAGAGAAAGGUUUUAAGACAAUGGAAACUCCGAUUGCGCCCACCCUGGAUAUAGAUUUUUGUGUGCAAGAAAUAGUUGCUAAUGAAAAUGGUCACAUUAAACUGGAAUGUGAUUUAUCAAAUUCAAAACAACUCAAAGCUUAUUGGUGCAAAGAUGGCGAAGUGAUAAAAUCUUCGCGAAGAUUUAAUAUCACAUCCAUUGGAAAUGAUUGGAAACUAACCUUAACUUCCAUCACUCCAAAAGAUCAAGGUGUAUAUAUUUUACUUUGCAAAGGCCGUUUUACCCAAGUAUUAUCAAAAACCUUACUUUAUGUCAAACCAGCUAAGCCAAAUAUUCCAAAUGGAGUAUUUUACAUCAAAGCGCAGCCUAGACAUAGGAUGGGUAUGCAGGCGCAGCUUACUAGUUCGACAAUUUAUGCUGGCGAGACGAUUGAGCUAGAGGCCUCAUUAAAAGAAAACAAGAUUGAGGAAUUUAAAUGGUUUAAGAAUAAUAAGGUCGUGAAAGAAGAAUCUCGAACAAUAAUUUUGAAUGACGAUAAACACACAUCUCUCUCUAUAAUAAGAGCAAAAGAGAGCGACUCUGGUAUUUAUCAUGUGGUUGGCAAAACUAAAUACGGUGUUGAAUCUAGUUUUGCCGAAGUAAUCGUGGUAAAAUUGGGUACAGAUAGAUCAUCGAUAGGCGAUUAUACUCCACAUGUCGAUGAAACAUUUACGAAGACGGAAGAAGCAUAUGAAGGAGAAGAAGCAAGGCUUAUUUAUAGAAUUUAUUUUGAUAACCACACUAAGUUCGAGUGGUUAAAAGAUGACAAAGUAUUUGAACCUAGUAAAAACAUUCAGGUCCAAUAUUAUAACAGUCGGUAUGUUGCACUCACAUUUCUCAAUGCAAGCAAGAAAGAUAGUGGAACCUACCAGCUAACUGUUACCAACAUAGUGACAGGACGCUCUGACACGUGCGAGUGCGAACUACUGGUUAAAAGUCUUCCAAUACCGAAAUUAAUACCAGUUAAAAUAGUGGAACCCCUUAACUCUGCUGUCGCUUAUAUUGGCUCAUCAAUUGUAUUCAAGUGUAAAUUUGAAAUAGAAGAUUCACAAUUUUGCUGCGCCGUAUGGGAGGUUGGAGCAUAUAGAGUCGAAAGAUCCAGUAAUCAAUUCUAUGUUUUUUGCAGAGGCUCAGAGUUUUAUUUGCUUAUAAAAGAAGUUAAGCCUGAUAUGGCAGGAUUAGUAUUUUGCCAAAUUUGUAAAGCAAUACCGAGAAACAAAUCGGUAUCUCUCUGUACCUCUAUAGCAAAUCUUUCCAUUAUUCCUCUAUUGAUAGGCGAAGUUAUUUCUACUAAGCUUAAAGUUAAAAACAAAAAAGCUGGGUUCUACUACAGCGGAAUUAAAGAGGUUGUACCUAUUAGCCUCACUAAAUCCCAAACAGAAAAUGACGAAACAGAUACUGGUGAAUCGUCAGGUUCAUCGACAACCCAAACUGACUUGUCAAGCUACAACUCACAAGGUGAAGGUGCGAGAGGAAAUGACGAAGUUAAACCAAAGGCUUUAGAGAAGAUAGAGGCUCGACGGUCGAGUAAUAUUAAGCCAUCGGAUAAUUUUGUAGUAUUUGUGAAUAGUCUAUCACACACAAGUGGAGAUUAUGUGACAAAGGGUGUGGAGUUUAAAGUAGAGUCAAGAUCCGAGCUCUCGGAAGAAAACAACGAUAAUUCGAUGAUUAUUACAUACAGCAAGCUAGACGAGUCUGUUUACUGGAUGGAAGCAACUUCUAACUGUCCUGAGAUAUUUCAACAAGUUAUCGUAGAAAAUGGAAUUCACGAAGAUGCGAACACACCCAGUGGUGCGGUCCAACGGCUACAUGUCAUUGUUUUCAAAUGGCAAAAUCCAGCCGACUACUGGUUUAAAGUUGAAAUGUUAGACGCUAAAGACUUCGAGGGGUCUGGGAUAACCAGUACUCCACAAUUCAAAUUACGAGAUGAUCCACUUGAGAGAAUCUUGAAAUUUCGCAUACACGCCCAGCGCGCACUGACUGCUAAUUCUAAUUAUUCUGUAUAUUUUGCGCUCAAAAUGAAACAAACACAAUUAUCCACAACGAAGCGCCUGACUAUACUGGCGAUGGAGAAUUAUACGACAGUUUUCGAAGAAACCGGAUAUUAUUUGGGGAGCGGCGCCUUUGGGCAAGUCGAUUUAGUGAAGAGCUUCGCUGGAGAAUACUUUGCAGCCAAGAAACUAAAGACAAUACUAGACACAAGAAGGACUAAGGCUUUGAGAGAGUACAAGAUGGUAACUCUUUUGACCCAUCCAAAGCUGGUCCAAAUGCACUUAGCAUUCUCGGGAAAACAAAACACCAUCUUAAUUAUGGAUUAUUUAUGGGGAGGUGAACUUUUCGAACGGUUGGUACAGGAAGAUUACAUCAAGGAGGUUGAUGUCAUUGUCUACGUACGCCAGAUAUGCGAAGCUCUUCAUUAUAUUCACUUCCAUAAUAUCAUUCAUAUGGAUAUUAAACCUGAAAACAUACUUUGCGACAGUCCAAACACCCGGCUGGUGAAGUUAACUGAUUUCGGUCUCGCACAUGUUUUACAAGAACGGGAUGACUUAAGAGCCAUGUAUGGGACCAAAGAGUACGCCGCUCCCGAAGUACUUAAUUACGAACCAUUGACUACUGGCUGCGAUAUGUGGAGCUUUGGAGUGAUAACAUAUUUGUUACUAUCUGGAGUGAUGCCCUUCACCGGGUCUAACUCGUCUGAGGUCUCAACUGCGAUGACACUUGGCAAAUUCAAUUAUGACGAACCAGCAUUCAACAACAUAAGCCAUCUUGCAAAAGACUUCAUAAAUAACCUGAUACAGCCUCGCCCUGCCUGUAGAAUGACAGCUACAAAGGCUUUGGAGCACAAGUGGCUAAAAGAGGGCCCAUCGAAAGGUUUUGGUAACAACCCCCUGAAGAAGACCAGAGAUAAUCUCAGGGAUUAUCUCGCUAAAAAUAGAGACAGGUGGCAGAGGGCUGGUAACGUAGUGAUCGCAGCUCACCGUUUGCGCAACGCAGCUCUACAAAAGACCAAGAGUGAAGAACAUACUUAAACAUUCAUUACAUCCUAUUCUGGAGACGUGUUCAAGAUAAACAUGUAUUGAAAUGUUCUAAUAGCAAUGUUGGGCUUUUAGAGCCGGUUGAGCGAAAGUCAAAGCCAAAGAAUUACAUUGGUUUUAAAACCAGUAUAGCAAAAGUAGCUAAAAGCGAAAUCUUGUAAUAAAUGUAUAGAAAUAUUUACACUAAAAGGACUCUUAAUGUGUUAUAUAUAAGUGUUAUUUAACUGUUUGAAAGAAAUUUCCUAUAAAUAUAUUAGUUGUGCUGCAAACAAUUUUAUUCCUUUCAAGUGUAUUUCACAUAAAAUUUAAAAUACAAAUAUAAUAUUUUACGUUUAUUGUAACUUUUGCAUUGAAUUUUGAUAUAUAUGAUUGGAAGAUUUGAAGUAUCGUAUUCCACCUGUUUCACGUAAACAACUAUUACAUUCAGCGUUCUUUAAUUCA